UCCCCACUGCAGCCAUCCAUCCUUCCUUUUCUUUUCCUGGGAGCACACCUUGUGCUCAGCCAUGGUCGACAUGGGGGGCCUGGACAACCUGAUUGCCAACACAGCCUACCUGCAGGCCCGGAAGACCUUGGAUGGAGACAGCAAGGAGCUGCAGAGGCGACGCCGGAGUCUGGUGCUGCCCGGGCCACAGUCCUGCACCCAGCUCCGCCAGUCCCUGCCCCAGGACUUCAACAACCUGUGCGAGCAGCAGCCCAUUGGCCGCCGCCUCUUCCGGGACUUCCUAGCCACAGUGCCCCCAUACCAAGAGGCCGUGGCCUUCCUUGAGGAGGUGCAGAGUUGGGAGCUGGCUGAGGAUGGUCCUGUCAAGGGCAGCAUGCUGCAGGGGCUAGUGGCCACUUGUGUGGCUGCUUCUGCUCCAGGGCACCCACAUCCCUUCCUCAGCCCAGCUCUGGCCACCAAGUGCCAAGCAGCCACCACCAAGGAAGAUCAGAUAGCCCUGGUGGCACAGGCCAAGGCUGAGGUCAUGGCCUUCUUGCAGGACCAGCCCUUCCGGGAUUUCCUGGCCAGCCCCUUCUAUGACAAGUUUCUGCAGUGGAAGGUCUUUGAGAUGCAACCGGUGUCGGACAAGUACUUCGAUGAGUUCCGAGUUCUGGGGAAAGGUGGUUUUGGGGAGGUAUGUGCUGUCCAGGUGAGAAACACUGGUAAGAUGUAUGCCUGUAAGAAACUGGACAAGAAGCGGCUGAAGAAGAAAAAUGGUGAGAAAAUGGCUCUUUCAGAAAAGGAAAUCUUGGAAAAGGUCAGCAGUCCUUUCAUCGUCUCUCUGGCCUAUGCCUUUGAAACCAAGUCCCAUCUCUGCCUGGUCAUGAGCCUGAUGAAUGGGGGAGACCUCAAGUUCCACAUCUACAGUGUGGGUACACGGGGCCUGGACAUGAGCAGGGUGGUCUUCUACUCGGCCCAGAUGACCUGUGGAGUGCUGCACCUCCACUCACUCGGUAUUGUCUACCGGGACAUGAAGCCGGAGAAUGUGCUUCUGGAUGACCUCGGCAACUGCAGGCUGUCUGACCUAGGGCUGGCCGUGCAGAUCCAGGAUGACAAGCCUGUCACACAGAGGGCUGGAACCAAUGGUUAUAUGGCUCCUGAAAUCCUAAUGGAAAAAGUGAGUUAUUCCUAUCCUGUGGACUGGUUUGCAAUGGGAUGCAGUAUUUAUGAAAUGGUUGCUGGACGAACACCAUUCAAAGAUUACAAGGAAAAAGUCAGUAAAGAGGAUUUAAAGCAAAGAACCCUGAAAGAAGAGGUCAGAUUCCAACAUGAUAACUUCACGGAGGACGCAAAAGAUAUUUGCAGACUCUUCUUGGCUAAGAAACCAGAACAACGUUUAGGAAGCAGAGAGAAGUCUGAUGAUCCCAGGCAACACCCUUUCUUCAAAACCAUCAAUUUUGCUCGCCUGGAAGCUGGCCUAGUUGAGCCCCCAUUUGUGCCAGACCCUUCCGUGGUUUAUGCCAAAGACAUCGCUGAAAUUGAAGAUUUCUCUGAGGUUCGGGGAAUUGAAUUUGAUGAUAAAGAUAAGACAUUCUUCCAAAGAUUUGCAACAGGUGCUGUCCCCAUAGCAUGGCAGGAAGAAAUUAUAGAAACGGGACUGUUUGAAGAAUUGAAUGACCCCAACAGGCCUGCAGGUUGUGGGGAUGGUAAUUCAUCCAAGUCUGGUGUGUGUUUGUUAUUAUAAGUUGUUCUCUCUACCAGAUGGGCAGCAGGAAUUUCAGCUGACAUAAUCCUUGAAUGUUCCUAACACAUGAAAAUCUGUUGAAUGAGGACUGAUCAAUCAGGAGGGGCAUUUCAACCAUAGAACAUUUCAAAGGACAGGUGAGCUCACCACUAGGACACAUUUUUCUCUUGCCUUCCUUCCUCCCUCCCUCC